AGGAGCAGCCAUGCCCAGGCUGACGCUGAACGGCAUCACGGUGGACUUCCCCUUCGAGCCCUACCCCUGCCAGGAGGUCUACAUGGAGAAGGUGCUGGAGUGCCUGCAGAAGAAGGUCAAUGGCAUCCUGGAGAGCCCCACAGGGACAGGCAAGACCCUCUGCCUGCUGUGCUCCACUCUGGCUUGGAGAGAGCACUUCAAGGACUCCAUCACGGCCAGGAAGAUCGCUCAGCGCAUGGCCGGGGGGGAGCUGUUCCCUGGCAGGCCCCUGUGCUCCUGGGGCACUGCUGCCCCUGAGGAGGAGGCCUCAACUUAUUACACUGAUGUGCCCAAGAUAAUUUAUGCCUCCAGAACUCACUCUCAGCUUACCCAGGUCAUUAAUGAGCUGAAGAACACAGCCUACAGGCCCAAAAUCUGUGUUUUGGGUUCCAGAGAGCAGCUUUGCAUCAAUCCUGAGGUGAAGAGGCUGCAGAGCAACCACAUGCAGAUCUACACCUGCAGGAGCAAGGUGAUGAAUCGUGCCUGCCACUUCUACACCAACGUGGAAGAGAAGAGCACAGACAAGGAACUGAUGAAAUCCAUCAUGGACAUUGAAGACUUGGUUAAAAAUGGCAGCAAGCACAGAGCUUGUCCUUACUACCUCUCUCGGAGCCUGAAGCAGCAGGCAGAAGUCAUUUUCAUGCCUUACAACUAUUUGCUGGACUCCAAGAGCAGAAAGUCACACAGCUUGGACCUGAAGGGGACUGUGGUGAUCCUGGAUGAGGCUCACAAUGUGGAGAGGCUGUGUGAGGAGUCAGCAUCUUUUGACCUGACUCCCUAUGACCUGGCUUCAGCAAUGGAUGCUGUGAAUGUGGUGCUGGAAGAGCAAGCCAAACUCCUGCAGCAGAAUGAGAUCAGUGCAGAGUUCAACAUGGACUUGGCCACUUCAGGGCUGAGCAUGGAGCUGGAGGACAUAGCAAAGAUCAAGAAAAUUCUGCUUCAGCUGGAGGCUGCCAUUGAUGCAGUGGAGCUGCCAGCCAGUGCCCCUGGAGUCACCAAGGAGGGAAGUUACAUCUUUGAGCUGUUUGCCCAAGCCCAAAUCACAUUCCAGACCAAAUCCUCCCUCCUGGAGUCCCUGGAGCAGAUCCUGCAGUACCUCUCAAGCUGUCCUGGGAUCUUUGUCAAUGCAGCUGGAUUGCACAAGCUCUCAGAUAUCAUCCAGACAGUGUUCAGCAGUGAGCCCCCAGAAGGCACAGCUGCUGUCAGGCCUCAGCACUUGACAGCCAAAUACUACAAGGUCCACAUUCACCAGGGCCCCAGCAGUGAGAAGAAGAGAGAGAGGACAGACCUCUGGACUUCAUCUGCCAGAAGAGAAGGAAAGACUUUGAGCUAUUGGUGCUUCAGCCCUGGGUACUGCAUGCAGGAGCUGGUGGGCCAGGGGGUCAGGUCCAUCAUCCUCACCAGUGGGACUCUCUCCCCCCUCUCCUCAUUCACAAUGGAGAUGCAGAUCCCCUUUCCUGUCUGCCUGGAGAAUCCUCAUGUCAUCAGCAAGCACCAGCUCUGGGUUGGGAUCAUUCCUAAGGGGCCUGAUGGAACUGAGCUCACUUCUAGCUAUGACAGAAGGUUCUCAGAGGAUUAUUUAUCUUCCCUGGGGAAAACAGUUGGGAACCUGGUGCGAGUUGUUCCCCAUGGCAUGCUGAUCUUCUUCCCCUCCUACCCUGUCAUGGACAAGAGCCUGGAAUACUGGAGGGAGCAUGACCUUGCCAAAAGAAUAGAAGAAGUGAAGCCCAUGUUUGUGGAGCCCAGGAACAAAGGAAGCUUUGCAGAGGUGAUGGAUGCCUACUAUGCCAAAGUUGUCUGUCCUCAGUCCACUGGAGCUACUUUCCUGGCAGUGUGUCGAGGGAAGGCCAGUGAGGGCUUGGACUUUGCAGACAUCACAGGCCGGGGAGUGGUCAUCACCGGGCUGCCCUUUCCCCCCCGCAGGGAGCCCAGGGUGGUGCUGAAGAUGCAGUUCCUGGAUGAGAUGAAGAGCACUGCUGCAGGUGCACAGUACUUGUCUGGCUGGGAGUGGUACCACCAGCAGGCUUCCCGUGCCGUCAACCAGGCCAUCGGCAGGGUCAUCAGGCACCGCCAGGACUAUGGAGCCAUCUUCCUCUGUGACCAGAGGUUCACAGCUGGCUCUGUGAGGGGCAGCCUGCCCUCCUGGGUCCGUCCCUACGUCAGCAUCUACGACAGCUUCGGCCGCGCCAUCCGCAGCGUCUCCUCCUUCUUCCGUCUCGCCCAGGACACUAUGCCCCCACCCCUGCUCCAGCGUCCUGCCAGCUCUGCUGACUGCCUGGGUGAGAGCAGCUCAGCACCAUCCACCUCAGCUGAGCACAUCCUCUCCCUGCAGAAAGCCAAAAGCCUGGAUGACCAUGUUCCCAGUCUGAAGAGGAGAAGAAAAGGAAAGGGAGAGGAAGCACCCAGCCUGUGCCUGGAGUAUGAGGAGGAACUCCUCUCACCCAGAAGGAAGUGUGCUGGGCUCUUGGAUGCCUUGGAGCACACUGAGAAGAGCUCUGGAGGUGCAGAGGAAGGAGAGGACUUUCCAGGAGCGCCGCAGCCGCCCGGCCGGCGCGAGCCCCGGGCCCGAGCCGCGCUCUACAUCGCCGCCGUCAAGGAGGCCCUCAGCCGGCGCAGCUUCCAGGCCUUCUCCCGGGCCCUGCAGAGCUACAGGGGCACCAAUGACCUGGGCUCCCUGCUGGCUCAGAUGAGCUCCCUCUUCGCAGAGGACGCCAGCAUGCACGCCUUGCUGCGAGACUUCUACCAGUUUGUUCGCCCCCAGCACAAGCAGCAGUUCCAUGAAGCCUGCUGCAGCCUGACUGGGCUGGGCUGUGGCUACAAACCUGAGCACAGCCUCCUGCAGGAAGAGAGGGAGAUGCUGGCCAAGGAAAGAGGUGAGGAGCUGAGGAGGGGAGCUGCUGCAUUCUCAGAGGACUCUUGUGCUCAGCUGGAUCCUGGGCUCCACAGGAACCAAGGAGAGUUCCACUUGGCAGCAGGGCUGCAGAGUGCAGGGCAGGCUGCUGCUGGAGCUCCCAAAGAGCCUGAGAAAGCUUCCAGCUCCAGGAGAGAUCACCAGGAGGGGCUCAGGUCUGCAUAUCUCAGGGAUGUGAAGAGGGCUCUGACCCCAAGCAGCUACAGCCAGUUCACUGAAGCCCUGCUGGCUUACAAGAGGACAGACAACUAUGCUGCCAUGAUCCCAGUGAUUGCAGCCCUCACCACCGAGAGGCCAGAGGACUUCCAUCUCCUGCACAGGUUCUGCAUGUUCGUGAGGCCUCAGCACAGAGACAGCUUCAGACAGCUCUGCAGGGACCUGGCUGGGGCUGAGGAGCAGCAGAGCCAGCAGCACCUGCCAGGUGAAGGCAGUGCUCAGAGCUCAGGGAGCUGGGGCCUGAAGAAAGAAGAGCAGAGCCCCGUGCAAGGCCGGGAAUGAAGCCUGG